AUGGCCAUCCGCGAUCGUGUCCGUCGAGCCCUCCGCAAGUCGGAAGCCUCCGACACCAUCUCCCAGACCGAGUCCAACACCACCGCCCACACCAGCCAGAGCUCCGGCUCCGACGGGCCGCAGCUCGAAAAGACGACGUCGCGCCUCGCCCGCGUCCUCACCUUUGGCGGCUCCCCCGACAGCAAGGAAAAGGAAAAGGAGCGCGCCGAGAAGCGCGACCGCAAGGCCGCCGCCGCCGCCUCCCAGAGCAGCCGCCGCCGCACGCACCCCCGCGACCGCCCGCUCACCACGCAAAACAUCCGCCACCAGGAGAUGCUCGCCGGCUUCAGCAUGACCUUUGGCGCCUCGGACCCCGACCAGAUCGAGACCCUGAGCUUCGUCGGCGUCAGCCCCUGCUGCACCCGCCGCGGCUCGCUCGAACUCGACCCCGUGAGCCGCGGGAGCACCACCUCCUUUGCCAACUCGUCGUCGGGCACCGACUCGUCCCGCGAGGAAUGA